CAAUGUAAACAAAGAUGGGGACUGACACGGUGGCAGGGAGCGAGACCGCUACCGGGGAAAAACCUUCCAAUAAUCCCCUAUCUCGGAAGAUUAACAAGAUCUUAGAAACUAGGCUAGAAAAUGACAAGGAUACUCUUGAUGCUCUCAAAGAGCUAUCCACCUUCUUCACAGAAAAUACCCUGAGAAGUCGACGGAAUUUAAGAGGAGAGAUUGAGAAGCGAAGUGUGGGCAUCAGUGAAGAGUUUGUGUCAGCUCUUCGAGAAGUUAAAGAAUCAGUAGAUGCAAUGUAUAAGGAGGUGAGCUCAAUGAACGAAGUAUGUGUCGACAUGAAGCGAAGAUUACAGGCAACAAAGAGUGAGACUAGGCAUCUUAUUCAUCAGACUAACUCCCUUCAAAAUCAGAGCCAUAAAUUGCAUAUGCAAGAAAAGGUUGCAGAAGCAUUUGUGAAAACUUUCCAAUUAGCACCCGAUGAAGUGUCAGUCAUCAAAGGUUCUACCAGAGAAUCUCCAAUCACUCAAGAAUUUUUCACUGUGCUGGAAAAAACACAGAAAAUAAGGAACAGUACAAAAUAUUUACUUCAGACUGGUCAUCAGAAGACAGCAUUGGAUGUUAUGGAGCAGAUGAAUGUGUGUCGCGAAGCAGGUCUAGAACGUCUUUAUCGGUGGUGCCAGAGUCAGUGUCGUUCGCCAGAUCCAUCUCCUCUCCUUCCUCAGGCACUUGUUGCCCUUCAGGAAAGACCAGUUUUGUUCAAUUUGGUAGUUGAAGAAUGGGUUGUGGUAAGAAGAGGCUGGCUUGUUCGAGGGUUCUUAGAUGCCCUCACAAUUGGAGGACCAGGAGGAGCUCCCAGACCAAUCGAACUGCAAGCACAUGAUCCAUUACGCUAUGUGGGUGAUAUGUUGGCUUGGGUACAUCAAGCCCUGCCCUCAGAAAGAGAAGCAGCUCAGACUCUUUUUGCCAAGUGCACAAAUAUUGAUCCAGCAGAGCAGACUCGUUCAACAGUUGCCAGUAUCUCAGAAAGUGUUUGCCGUCCCUUAAAAACAAGGAUAGAGCAAAUGAUAGUCAUAGACCAAGGCCGGGAGGGUAGUAAAAAGCCUGUGCAACUGUAUAGAAUCAGUAACCUACUUCGCUUCUAUCACAAUACAAUUUUGCAGGUUAGAUUGUUUUAAUGUUAUUUGUUUGCC